CUGAAGGGGGCGAACGUUUGUUUCACUUCCUGAUCCGGGGCGGGGAAGCGCGCGCGCUUGUUUAUCUGUGGAAUUUUAUCACCAACUGCAGAUUAUAGAGUUUUCAGACUUUGAUCCUGGAGGGGGUCCUAUGCUGGGUUACUUGAACUCAACAUGUACUGCCACCACCAGAAUUUAGAGUUUUAAAUAGGGGAUAUUAGAAGGACGGACUAGAGUUGGGAUAUUCUGAACGCCGUGUGGUGGAAUCGCUUUUUUUCUACGAAGGCUGCAGCUCCAUUCGGUUUGUGUUAGCAGGGUUUAAGCCAUGUCGGACGGGCGGAUCUAUGUGGGAAACCUUCCUAUGGACGUGCAGGAGAGGGACAUUGAGGAUAUCUUCUACAAAUACGGAAAAAUACGGGAUAUUGAGCUGAAGAACAACCGAAGCACCAUCCCGUUUGCCUUUGUCCGUUUUGAGGAUCCACGGGAUGCGGAGGACGCUGUCUUUGGAAGGAAUGGAUAUGAAUUUGGAAACAGUAAGCUGCGUGUGGAAUACCCGCGAUCCUCUGGAUCUAAGUUUAGUGGACCUGCGGGAGGAGGAGGAGGAAGAGGAGGAGGAGGAGGAGGAGGUGGAAGAGGAGAGGGGAGGAGGUUUAUGCCGGUGGUCCGUAGAUCCGAGUUCCAGGUUCUUGUGACCGGUCUGCCUCCCACAGGCAGCUGGCAGGACCUGAAAGAUCACAUGCGGGAAGCGGGUGACGUGUGUUUCGCUGACGUGCAGCGGGAUGGGGAGGGUGUGGUUGAAUUCCUCAGGCGUGAGGAUAUGGAGUAUGCUCUGCGUCGUCUGGACAACACAGAGUUCAGAUCGCACCAGGGAGAGACUUCAUACAUCAGAGUGAUGGAGGACAGGGGUACGAGCUGGGGUCGCUCGCGUUCCCGGUCCCGGUCCAGGUCCAGGUCUAGGUCUAGGUCUAGGUCUCGCGGUCGCUACACCCCCCCCUACCAGAGUAGAGGGUCACCUCCUCCGCGCUAUCGCUCCCCCCCACGACACAUGUCCCGCCAUAGCCCCCCAUCCCGACGAGCCGCCCUCCAGCAUCACAGCCCACCUCCACGCCACUACCGAUGAAGCG